CAAACUCGAAAAUACAAGAAAAAAAGUUAUACCGAAACUCAAACCACAACACGCAUAUCGUGUAUCAAGAACUUCGAACAUUGUUUCGUAUCAAAUUUCGCAGUGAUCAUCAUUUUCAUCAUCGUUUAGUUUUUUAUGAAAUGACAGCGAAUGGGUCUCCUCCACCACGUGCACCUCCAACUGCGUUGCCCAUGAAGCGCUUCAAGUUCGUUUGGCGCUUUCUCUUGCUUUCCAAUCUUGCACUUGGAGCUUUUCUGUUUGCAAGGGCAAAACGGAGAGAUUCAAUGGAGAUUCAUAGAAAAAAAACAGCACAUAGAUUGCCCAAGGCCAAAGCUACUGUUGAAGUUCCUCCUGAACUCCCCACAAGUUCAGCGGACCUAAACUAUGAUGAUUUCUUGUUCCCUGUUACAAUGCCUGCCGAUGUACGGGCUCCAAUUCCUGAAGAACAACAGCGUGAAGUUUUCAAGUGGAUGCUGGAAGAGAAAAGAAAAAUGAAACCAAAGGAUGCUAUGGAGAAAAAACAAAUUGACGAAGAAAAGGACAUUCUUAAGCAGUUCCUGCGUGCAAAGUCCAUACCCAAGUUUUAACUUCCUCUUAACUCUCGCAUUAUUAAUAACUGAUAGAUUAAAGUUUCAAUCUGAUAAAUAGGCUCUGACUUUGAUAAGCUGGUCUCUUCAGAAGUUCAUUAUUUGCUGAAUUGGAAAGCAACGGGUUAAUGGCAUUGCAUUUCCAUGAAUUUUAAGGAAGCAAGCAUCAACUUAACCUAACUUCAUUCUUGUAAGUUGUAACAUGUUGUGCAUUGAGAGAUAAGAUAACUGUAGCCUUCGUCUUAUUCAAUGGAACAUAGAUAUUAUGCGAGUAUAUUACUGUUAUAUCAACAAUUUCGCUUUUUUACUCUUCAACAUUUGAUUUCUCUGUUGGUUGUGGGCCUGAUUGUGUCCCGGUUGCUACUCUAAUAAAUAAUUAUGUUUGGAUUCAUCA